AUGUCUACGGCGUACGCAACGCACCAGGGCCAGCUCUGUUGCAACUCGUUGUGGUAUGAGACGAAGAUGUUCGAGAACAAUGGAGAGAAGCCCAGCACUGCUCCCUUCGUUGUUCACGUCGCGCCCACACUCACCCCCGUGACAUGUCGUCUCAUGUCCACAGUCCAGGUAGAUCCAGGCCCACCAGCUGCCCAGUGCUCAUGCUCUCCGGCGGAGACCUUCUCCCAAGCCACGACGACGGAGGCCCCCCUUGUCAAAGAAAGCAAGCUUCCCGUUGUCUUCGUUUCGGAAAUCGUGCUUGAAAUAGUUCCAUGGAUGUUCUCAAUACUAGACCCUCUCUAUCUAUGUAGAUUUCAGAAUGGUCACGAGGGGGAGGCAAAUUGGGCUGUAAAGUUCAAGCUAGAGCUUCACAGCCAGAAGUUCAAGGUCAUCCUUGUGUUCAGGGACUCGGUUCCAAUUAAAUCCCGCCAUUUCAUGGUCGGCUCGGCGGCGUUCGAAAUGCUGGUUCCUUUGCUAGACGAAAGUGAUGUGCGACGACUGGGCCCGGCAAAUGGGUUUUGGUUUACUGACGAUGGUGGCGUUCAAGUUCUGCAAGAAAUGUCAAAUUACACCAUCUUUGCCGCACAAGCAGAAGAAGCCCACCGCAGCUGCAACAUGAUAUCCAAUGAGACAGACACCGUGAUCCAUCGUCAAUCCUCCCCUCCUCCCCUCUCUGGUUUCCCACUGCCCAAAGGAGGUGGAGAGGAGCGAUGCUGUGUGGGCUUGCGGAUCCCCGAAACUACCUAA